CUGCUCUACAAGUUGUUAAAAUAGAAAAUACACAAUAUACAUAAAAAUGUUGACACAAACAUGGUGUCUUAACAGAAAUUGCAGAGGUACAAAUUACCUGUCUCCAUGGUUGUCACCUCUAGAGGGCAAUCGGUGAGCCUGUGAGCCCUUCCGUGUCACUCAUUGUAUGACGCAACUUCCUGUAGUGUGGAAGAAGAGAAACUCCCCUUCCGGUUUUGUCGGUCCAUGCGUGGCAAUGCGAACACACGCGGAGAACCUGUCGAUCAAUCCUUGGCCAUCCACUCGGUAAGGCUUGAAAAUAAGCUUGCAAUUCGAUCCAUCCACAUUUCUAAUGUUGUUAUACAACUUUUGAUCCGUAUAUUGUGUUGUUUGAACCUUGUAGAGCAGUGUGACAUCCGAGUGUAAUAUUCACUGACUGACAUCCUGUGCAGUCAUUUCACUUGAUCAGCGGUCAGGUUUUUUGAUUGGGUGAUUCAAAUACCAUCUUAAUUCCCUGCACCUUGUGUGGAGAGGACGACAUCGCCCUUCCAGCCCAGGUGGAUGAGAGGCUCCGCAGUCUCUCCAACUCCAACACCCAUUCCCGAGAUCCAUCGAUCCGAUUCCCAGUGCAUACUGGGUGGCGAGCUACCUUAGAAUCUGGACACUGUGGUGCAGUGUUGACGUCCCCUCCCCCACGGUCUGUGCGGUAGGACAAUACUUAUACAGUGCACUGUUAGCUACAGAGAAACGGGCCCCAACUAACUAUGUAAACAAACUUUGGGAACUUUGAAAAAAGGGUUUCUAUUCUGCCGGCUUUUCUUAUUCUUGUUCAUUAUUUUUCAUAUACUGCAGUUGUUGUAAAUUUAUAUGUGCACUUUUCAAUACAUGUUUGGCCAUUCAACAUUCAAGUUCAUCGUUGUCUGUGUCAUUAUUGAUAUGCAACACUGGCUCUUAAAAACACUAGGAUUCUUCUGAUACUAGUCCAGUUCGAUAUUUACACCAUUGACUACUACUCACCUGUUUCCUCUAUUACUAGUUCGUAACUAGGGUUACAGAAUUGGCGAGCUAGCCAGGAGCCAGUCAUUUGCAUAUCAAUAUUGAAAUUGUGUCCAAUAUGGAUUUUGUACAAAACUCUGGUGUUAAAGUCCCGAAUGCAGUCAUUGCUAGUGGGGUAACCGGUACCAAAGAACAGGAUGACCAAGUCAUUGAUUUUCUUAAGAAAUACGGCACUAUUGAAAGAUCCCUUUACGUUGAUGAUGAUUCGUCCCCGUUUUACAAUAACCUGAUCGUUGAAUACUCAAACUGCGAAGAUGUAGAAAUCUUAAAAGCAAUUUUGCCUUACAGCAAUCGCAUGAUACAUGGUGAACACAGUGUUGUUUAUACUGUUAAAACAUUAGGCAGUGUGUACACUACUGAAAUGGGCAGCGACGUUACCAAAACGUUCCUAAAUGACCUUAAAACCAUAGCUAAGCUAAGUGGCAAAGAGUAUGAGGAGGUGCCGCAAGAAAUGAUGUCCCAGAUUGGCAGGGAUAUUGGAGCUACGAGCCCUGUGACCGAAGAGGACUCAACUGUGCAUGUUGAGACCACUUUUGUGACCCCACAGCUCCUUUCCACCAGUGAACAGUCUGAACAGUCCCCCAUUUUAUCCUCAAAUGCCUCUCAGAAUAACAUUGGUCUCAAUGUCGCUGACUCAGCCCCCAUUUCUAGUGAAAGAAGAGCCCCUUUACUUUUAGUAAGUGACUUGAAUCCCCCAGAGAUACAGAAGGUUGUGGUUGAGCAUAUUGUGAGAAGGGAAGAUGUAAGCUCACACUUGCAGUCUCCAGUAAGGCUCCGUUCCUUUUCCGGCAAGACUCCCAAACCCAACAAUGAAACCGAUUACGACACUUGGCGCUCACAUGUUGAGUUGCUCAUGAAAGAUCCGAACAUGUCCCCUUUCCAAAUAUCCAGAAGGAUUCUGGAAAGCUUGCUUUCACCCGCAGCCGAAGUAGUCAAAGGGCUACGGCCUGAUUCACCACCUUUAACCUACCUGGAGCUGCUCGACUCAGCCUUUGGCACCGUCGAGGAGGGAGAAGAGCUUUUUGCACAAUUCCUAAAUACUUACCAAGAUCCUGCUGAAAAGUCCUCCACUUACCUCCAUCGGCUGCAGGCAGCUCUUAACCUUGUUGUGAAAAGAGAGGGAGUUGCACCUGAAGAAGUAGACAACCAUCUCCUUAAGCAGUUUUGUAGGGGGUGUUUCGAUUUUUCUCUGCUUUCUACUCUGCAACUAGACCAAAAGAAAAGCAGCCCACCUUCAUUUUCAGCACUCCUGCUAAUGGUGCGAACUGAAGAGGAUCGGCAGCAGCAGAAAUCUAUUCGCAUGAAAAAACACUUUGGUGCCACAAAACAGCGAGCCCAACUUCAGUCUCAAGGCGCAUGUGCUUGGGCUGAGCCAGAAAGGAAAACAGAAGUCAGUCCCAAUGUUAUUGAGGAACUUAUGAGGCAGGUGGCAAGCCUGCAAAGUCAAUUAACCACUUUUAUGACUCAGGAAAAGAGCAAAGGUUCCAAUAAGGGAGCUGAAAAUAAAUCCCAAAGCAAAGUACCAGACAAUGCAAAUGCAGACACGCAGAAGCAGACAAGAGAAAAGCAAAGAGGCAGACCAAGACCCUGGUACUGCUUUAAUUGUGGAGAAGAUGGGCACAUUUCGCCAUCAUGCACUGAAGCUGCAAACCCUGCCCUAGUGGCUAAAAAGAAAAAACAAUUAAAAGACAAGCGGCGUGCAUGGGAGGCGCAAAACCAUCCCAAUUCUCAUUUAAACGACUAACAGCUCCUGUUGUGGGACAAACAGGUGCUGAAAAGAGUCAACGUCCCCCAGUCGUGAAUGUCAAGAGCAAAGCUCAAGUAUGUAACAACUCAGAACAGUCAGAGAAAACUCAUCCAUUCAAACUCCCUAAGGGGUUGGUUGGUACCAAGAGUACGGCCUUAGUUAAGGUAAAGGAUGAAGAUGUUAACUGUCUACUUGAUACGGGAUCCCAAGUCACAACUGUUCCCCAAUCAUUCUAUGAACAGCAUUUCUCAGAACAAGAAAUUAAGCCCCUAUACAACCUCCUAGAAGUGGAGGGAGCGGCAGGUCAAUUUGUUCCCUACAUAGGUUACAUUGAAUUGGCUAUAACUUUUCCAAAAGAGUUUGUAGGGAUACCAGUUGAUGUAACUACACUUGCUCUGGUAGUCCCCGACAUUAAACUCACCACAGAGUCCCUUGUACUGAUAGGAACCAAUACACUUGAUGUCCUGUAUGACAUCUACUCCAAAGCUGGAAUGACACACCAGCCAAUUCCACAUGGCUACAGAGCAGUCCUCAAAAUACUUGAGGUGAGACACCAACAGACGAGCAACACUGUGCCUCGUUGUGCAGUGAGGCUGCAAGGAAAGAGUACACAAGUUAUCCCAGCUGGAGAAACUGUUGUACUGGAAGGAAUUGCUCCAUUGGAUGGAGUACAGAAUGAAAAGUCUGUUGUCAUUGAACAACCAGCUUCACCUUCCUUACCAGGGGGCUUACUAGUGAAAGCUGGCUUGGUAGAUCUCCCCCAACGGGAGCCUUACAAGCUACCGGUUGUAAUCUGUAACGAGUCCAACUGUGACGUGAUAUCGGGAGAAGAAGACGACAGAGAUAUGACGUCGUUUAGCUGCCAGCUUGUUUAUUAACAGCUUGGUGUGUAAAUGAGAUGUGUAAUUAAACCAAAGAGAUGUGGUGUGACUAAAUGUGAGCACUUAUCUGAGCGUGGUUGUCAGAGGGUGUUGAAGGUGCGUGUUGAUCCAGGCGGAAGUCCAAAUAAGGGCAAGGCAGGCUCGAGCGUCGGAGGACAGGCGGAUAGUCAAGGACAGGAGCGCGGCGUCGUGGUCGGGUGACAGGCGUGAGGUCGAAAAUCCAGGAAGGCAAGGGGGUUCCACAGGGAGGUCCAAAGUGACAAGACACACAGCUUGACCACGAGGAAGGAUGACGGGGAGCUGGAGAAGACACAACACAGGAGACGAUGAGCACGACGGGAAGGAAGCACAGGGAGAACAAAUGCACAUGUAGGAGAGCGAGAAACGUAUGGGCUUACCGUACUGGAUACGAGAAGCUACGUUCUGGCGUCGGAUCUCAGGUUGCGCUGGUUUAAGAAGGCUGAUCGCUCAUCAUGGACAGGUGCGUAGAUUGCAGAGCGUUUGCAGCCGGGCGGAAGCGCGCUUGCAGCAGAGAGAGAGCGCCCAUGGGCGUGGCCUGCGGUGCGCUCGUCAGGGCACGCAACAGGAGGAGACGCAGCAGAAGUGUGACCCAUAACAGGACCCCCUCCCCCCUUAUGCGAGACUCCCGACGAGCUUCGGGGUGCCUCAGGGUGAGUUCUGUAAAAAUCUUCAAUAAGGGAAGGGUCGGCGAUGUAAGAAGCCGGGACCCAUGAUCUGUCCUCAGGUCCAUAGCCCUACCAGUCCACGAGGUAGACCCAUCCUCUUCCUUGUCGUCGGACCUUGAGAAUCUCCCUGACGGUCCACACCUGGUCCCCAUCCUCGAGAACCCUAGGCGGAGGGGGGGCAGGGAUGGGGGGCGACAGUGAACUGUUGGUUACUGGUUUUACCUGAGACACGUGAAACACCGGGUGGGAUCUCAUGGACCCAGGGAGGUCCAGGCAAACUGCGGCAGGAUUGACUCUGGAUCUGACUGUAAAAGGUCCAACGAAACGUGGUGCCAACUUCUGAGAGGAUAUCGGGAGGUGAAUGUCCUUGGCCCGUAACAGCACCUGCUGUCCGGGCUGAUAGUCGGGAGCUGGGAUGCGCCGCCGGUUGGCGUUACGACGCAUCUUCUCAGAUGCCUUCAAUAAGGCAGCGCGGGCAGACCUCCACACCUUGCGGCAUCGUCUCAGGUGAGCUCUGGUGGAAGGAACUGCCACUUCGAUCUCCUGGGAGGGAAAUAAAGGAGGUUGAAAACCUUGCCAGCAUUCAAAAGGGGACAUACCAGUAGCCGCGCAGGUCAUGGAGUUAAAGGAGUACUCCACCCAUGGAAUGAACUUGCACCAGGAGUUGGGCUGUUGAGCAGCCAUACAGCGCAGCAUGGUCUCCACCCCCUGGUUGGCCCUUUCCGCUUGUCCAUUGCUCUGGGGGUGGUAGCCAGAAGUCAGGCUGACCGUGGCUCCAAUCCCCUUGCAGAAAGCUUGCCAGACCCGGGAAAUACAUUCGGGACCACGAUCAGACACAAUGUCGGUGGGGAUCCCGUGAAUUCUAACCACAUGCUGAACGAGCAGUUCUGUGGUCUCGGCCGAGGAUGGGAGUUUGGGCAAGGGUAUGAAAUGGGCCGCCUUGGAAAACCUGUCGAUUAUGGUGAGGAUUGUGGUGUUACCUUUAGAGGGGGGAAGUCCAGUAAUGAAGUCAAGAGCGAUGUGUGACCAAGGUCGACUCGGGAUCGGAAGGGGAUGUAAGAGUCCAGCAGGAGGGCUGUGGUCUGCCUUGUUCCGGGCGCAGAUGCAGCAGGCGGCGAUGAAUUCGCGAGUAUCCGCCUCCAUGGAAGGCCACCAGAAGCGGCGUCGAAUGAAUGAUAGCGAUCUAUGGAUUCCGGGAUGACAUGUAAACAGACUUGAGUGUGCCCAGUCGAGUACCUUGCUCCUUAAGGGUUGCGGAACAAAAAGUCUAUUGGGGGGUCCGUUCCCAGGACCAGGGUCGGACCGUAGCGCCGUCCUGACCAGGCCCUCGAUUUCCCAAGUUACCAUCCCGAAGAUGCGGUUCGGGGGAAGGAUGGUCUCUGCAGUUUGUCUAGUUGUGGGUUCCUCAGAGAAGAUCCGCGAAAGAGCGUCAGCCUUGCCAUUGCGUGAACCGGGUCUGUAGGUGAGAGUGUAAUUGAAUCGGCCGAAGAACUGUGACCAGCGUGCUUGCCUGUCAUUAAGUCUCUUUGCGGAACGGAUGUGAAUAAGGUUGCGGUGGUCGGUCAGGACCAGGAACGGAUGUUUAGCCCCCUCCAGCCAGUGUCUCCAUUCAACCAAAGCUUCGUGGACGGCCUACAGUUCUCGGUUCCCUGCAUCAUAGUUCCUCUCGGCUGGGGUUAGGCGUCUGGAAAAGAACACACAAGGGUGCAACACAUUAUUCUCAUUAGCUCUUUGGGACAAUACUGCUCCAAUCCCAGAAUCAGAUGCAUCUACUUCCACCGUGAACGGCUUGUCAGGGUCAGGGUGUACCAGGAUGGGAGCGGAACUGAAACUCCUCUUGAGGCUCAAGAAUGCGCUGUCUGCGUCCUUGUUCCAGACAAAAACUGUAUUGGUAGAAGUUAGCGUGUGAAGGGGUGCGGCUACCUUGCUGAAGUCAAGUAUGAAGCGACGGUAGAAACCCGCAAAGCCUAAGAAUCUCCUAAGCUCAGUACGAGUGGUGGGUUGGGGCCAAUCCACCACUGCCUUGACCUUCUUGGGGUCGGCUCGGAUGUUACCCUUCUCGAUGAUGUGACCCAAGAAGUUAACUGAUGACGAAUGGAACUCGCACUUCUCUGCCUUGACGAAAAGACGAUUCUCAAGGAGGCGCUGGAGAACAAGGCGGACGUGCUGUUGAUGGUCCUGCAGGUUGUGAGAGAAAAUCAGAAUAUCAUCAAGAUAUACGAACACAAACUUCUCGAGCAUGUCUCUCAGCACGUCGUUAACAAGAGUCUGGAAAACGGCUGGGGCGUUGGUCAGGCCGAAGGGCAUGACCCGGUACUCAAAGUGACCCAAGUGUGUGUUAAAGGCCGUCUUCCAUUCGUCCCCCUUCCUAAUCUGGACAAGAUGGUAUGCAUUACGGAGAUCCAGCUUGGUGAAAACGGUAGCAGGGGCAAGAGGUUUGAAAGAAGAGCUCAUGAGUGGUAGGGGAUACCGGUUCUUGACCGUGAUGAGGUUGAGUUUGCGGUAGUCGAUGCACGGACGUAAGGACCCAUCCUUCUUACCGACAAAGAAGAAUCCAGCGGCUACCGGUGAUUUAGAGGGGGUGAUGAUACCAGAUGCGAGUGAUUCCGUGAUGUAGUCUGACAUGGCCUCUUUCUCGGGUAUGGAUAGGUUAUACAGGCGGCUAGAGGGGAGUACUGCUUCGGGUAUGAGAUCAAUGGCACAGUCGUAUGGUCUGUGCGGGGGUAGUGAAAGUGCCUGUUCCUUACUAAAUACAGCAGCAAGGUCAUGAUAGACAGCGGGAACCCCAGAUAGGUCAGAUGGGGAAGAUUUGAGCUUGGGGUUCUCCGAGACGGGGUCUGCUGCUUUGAGGCAGUUUGCAUGACAAGCCGUGCUCCAGGCUAGGAUCCUCCCUGAGAUCCAGGAAAUCUGGGGGUCGUGCUGGCGAAGCCAAGAACGGCCGAGGACAAGAGGGGCGACAGGGGCGUUGAGGAUCAACAAGCUAAUUUGCUCAGUGUGGUUGCCAGACAGGGUAAGAGUGACUAGUGCGGUACGGUGGGUGAUGGGUCCCAGGGGAUGCCUAUCCAAGGCCUGAGCUGGUAAGGACUUGUCCAGAGGCAGAAGCUCAAUCCCGGCUUGACAGGCGAAAUCACGGUCCAUGAAACUCUCAUCUGCUCCAGAGUCCAAAUAUGCUCCCACCUUCAGUCUUUUAGUCUUCCAGGACAACGUUGCGGGGAAAAGAAUGCCAGGGUCACUAUUGCUCUGGGGAAAUAUGGUGUGGCUCACAAGUACUCCCCUAACUAGUGAGCCUGAUCUUUUGGUCGUGUGGGGCAGGUCUUGAUCACGUGACCUGCACACCCACACUAGAGGCAGAGGCGCUGCCUGAACCUCCUCUCCCGUUCCUCCGUGGCAAGUCGAGUCCUGCCCAACUGCAUGGGUUCCACCCCGCUGGUAGGUGCAGGGAAAAAGCCAGACUGGUCCACCAAGUGAGGGCCCUCAUCCCGAGCUUUGGCCGCGGUAGGGGAGUAGGAAGCGGUCCGAUUUUCCCACGCCGGCCGUCUGGUCCUCUCGCGGGCAGCAAGUCUUUGUUCCGCUGCUCGUUCCCUUAGUCUUUGGUCCAUAAGCAGGGCCAGCUGGAUGAGGUCAUGGUAGGUGGCUGGUCGGUCACGCAACAAUCCGUCCUUUAUUUCGUCAGAGAGGCCCCGACGGUAGGCGCUCAACAAGGCCUUGUUAUCCCACCCGCUGUCGGCGGCCAGGGUGCGGAACUCGAGAGUGUAGUCCGCUACAGAACGAGAACCUUGCUGGAGGGAGUGAAGACGUGAGGCGGCGUCUCCUCCCUCAGCGGGGUGGUCAAAAACUGCCCGGAACUCAGCACGAAAAGCAGCAAAGUUUGUGCUGAGACUAAGGUUGCGGUCAACAGCUACCGUUGCCCACUGGAGAGCCCUUCCGGUCAACAGUGAAAAAAUAAAAGCUAUCUUGGCCCCGUCAGAAGUGUAGCGGGAGGGCUGAUGACGAAACACCAUGUCACACUGGACCAGGAAGCCACGGCAAAGCUCAAAAUCCCCCUCAAAAGCUC